AUGGGCCUCCCAUUCUCUGAGCCAGGUUUCAGCCUCCCAGACAUGACCAUCAUCGGGCUGCCCUCACCCUCCAUCGGGUACCUGGCCUGGCGCAGGCUGACAGACGGCCAGCGCCUUUCGGAAAACUACCGGGUCUACAGCCUGCAACUGGAGUACCUGCAGCUGGUGCAGGACGACCUGCAGGCCCUAGGCCUGGGGCAGAGCUCCGGGAAGCUGACCGAGCAGCUCACCAACUGCCAGACACAGAUCCAGGGCCUCCUAGCCAACCUGCACUCCCUGCUGGAGGCCCUGGCUCAGCCCCUUCCUGCCAUUGGCGAGCCCCUGGACUCCAGGGCUUAUAGGACCUCCGACUUCGAGAGGAAGCUCAGGGGGUAUGUCAUCUGCCGGGAGUACGUGCGCUGGAUCGACCGGACACUGCGGGAUUUCGCACUCCUCUCUGACAGUGUCUCCGCCUGA